GCCCCACCCCAUUACACUUUGUGUGUGCAGCUGAAUGGAAAGAGCACUGAGCCCUUUCAGCUGCUCAUUCUUCUCACUCCAGCUAGUUUUAAAGAGAGCAGGGACGCAGAAAGGACACGGUGGGACUAACAUGGCAUCUGUGAACACUCUGCUGUGGCUGGGAGUCUGUCUGUCUGGCUGGAACAUCAUCUCAGCAGAUGAGAACUCAUUCCCUAAAGCAGAAAAUGUACGCUGGCUGUCUCUGGACUUUAUCACCAUUCUUCAAUGGAGUGUUGAACCAUCUGACUACACAUACACUGUCCUGUUCUCUGUUGAUGAUGAUAACUGGGAUACCAGUAACCACUGUAUCAAAAUAUCAGCCUCUGAAUGUGAUCUGACAACCCACCUUCAGGCCUUUGACAGGACCUACACUGCUGAUAUUCAAACAGAAACAACGGAUGACGACUUACCUCACACUUUUUCUCCCAAGUUCAACCCCUAUAGAGAGAGUAACAUCAGUGCUGUGGAAUUUACUGUGGAUGCUUUGGAUGAUAGAAGAGUGAUAGUAAACAUCACAGAUCCUUUGACCACCAUUUACAUUCGUGGGAAACAGCAAAGCAUCAGGGACAUUCUCCAAAAAGAUCUAAAGUACAAGAUCAGCUACCAUAAGUCCGGAAGCACUGGAAAGAGAGACAUCAUAUCAGACUCUAGCGUGGCCGAGGUGGAGGGGCUGGAUGCAGGAGAGAGUUACUGCUUCAUGGUGGCAGCUUUCAUCCCCUCCAGACCUAAAGCCACCCAGCAGGGAGCCUGGAGCACACAGCACUGUACACAGGGACACAAGGACAACCUGCAAGAUUUGAGUGUUGGAGCAUGGGUUGGUGCAGGCUUCAUCGUGCUCACAGUCCUCAUUGUCAUCAUCACAGUGACUGUCCUCUGCUGUCGACAGAGAAACAAAACUCUCCAAAUGUCUCAGUCAUCAGCAUCUGUUUAGUGUGUGUUUGCAUGGGUUGGGUUUUUCACACAGGGAGCUGGUCUCUCUUAAGCCUCGUUUAAACUGUAAUUUGAUUAGUCCCUUAUUUCAUUCUUUGGUUGACAGUUAAAAUUCAGCAAGAAUUCAGCUUUUCACAUCCAAAAGUCAUGAUUUGUGUCUAAAUGUUUUGAUUUUGCCAUUGUGAGUGAGUUUAUCAAAAUUUUUCACCCCUGACAUUUAAUAUAAAUUAAUAGCUUGUGUUUUAGGAAUCAUUCACAAUUGUCAAAAUUUUCUAAAGUGUGCAAACUGUACACCAGGUGGAGGGGGGGUUAACACCCAACGUAUGCUUUUCAGAUAGUUAGAAAAUGUCACUCAGAACUAUGUAAUUGGGGGGGGGG